UUUGCCCCUGAUGCUUUGCUAGGCUUGGGCCAAGGUAAUUCAGUUGUCCUCCUUUGUCUGCCCAGCGUCCCCCCAGUCCCUGCUGAAAGUCCAGAUGGAGAAGCAGGCCCCUGUGUGGGGCAGAAAUGGAGACCUGACUAGCCUCAAGGCCAGUCUUGCCUCAAAGGGUUGGCAGUCCAGGAAUGGCCAUGUGAAGAAGGUGGAGGUGGUCUCUUCAGGGCCCCACCCUCUCCUGCCCGCCACCAUCCGGGAGAUGGAGGCCAGCAGUGCAGCCUUGGAGACCACCCAAAUCAAGGACAAGCUAAAGAAGAGGAGACUCUCUGAGGGGCUGUCUGCUUCUCCCAGAGCUUCCUUGGAUGCUAGAGGAGUUACUAAGGGUACUUCCCUGAAGAGUGCCGUCCCCCAAUCCACCUCUCAGAGAUUACUGACGGCUUCCAGGCCAAUGCCUCCCAUCCGGAGCAUCCCCACCACCCCGGAGGUCAAAGGGUCCUUGGAGAAUGCCUCAGGCCCACAAGGGAGUAGCAAGAGCCAGCUAAGGGCAACUCCGGCUGCACAAGAGGUGCAGAUAUCCCUUCAGUACCUGCAUUGCAAAGAUGAGAAGAUGAGGCAGUCUCUGGGAGGUGCCCUGAUCCCUCCCAUCCUGAAGGCCGGACAGCCAGCAGACACCAAGUCAGUAACAUUACCAGCUAUUGUUAGCAAUCCUAGUCCUGUGCCCCCAGGCCAAGAUGUCCUCACUAUCCAGGAGGUCCCUGGAAUAGGAUUGGUACAGGAGAACAGUCCCCAGAAGAGGACCCCCAAGUCUGUGGAGGAAAGGCCUAUGAUCCCUCCUGCCCGAGCCAUGCCAGCUGGUGGCACAAAGUCUGCUGUCCAUUCCUCCCAGACUGCAUCUCCAUUGAUGACACCCUCCUUCAGCCAUGCCAACAAAGACAAACAGCUGAGGACCCAACAGUUGCUGAAGGAAGUGGGCCGGCCAGAAAGCAGCCCCAGGAUCCAGGUGACCAUUGCCAAGUCAGCCCAAGAAAAGAUGCUUCUGAAGCAAAUGAAAGAAAUGGAGUUAUUCCAGCGGGUCAGGGAGCGAGAGGAAAGGCAUCGGGAGAGAGACUUUCUGUCCCAGAGUCUGAGCUCCAGGAGCAUGAUCAAGGAAGGGCUCAUUCCCCUCCGCAAUGGUGGACCCCUGUCUGUUUCCACCAAGUUGGGAAGCCCAUGCAGAACCAGCCUCGGCAUUAUCUUGAAGAAACGAGCUAACCGUUCCUCUCUGCCCAGUCUCCCCGUCGUCAACCAGGGACCCCGUUUUACCCGCCACGCCUCAGCCAAUUCCUUACCUGCAGUGUUCACAGUGGGUUCUCCAGAAUGGGAGGAAGAAGAACGGAUAGACAGCUGCAAAGAGCCGAGGCCUCUCUCAAAUCCAGAGCUAGUACUGAUGAAUGCCUUCCAAUGGCUUGAGAGCAAUGAUUGGCAGAUGAAACAGAAAGGUCUGGUGAGCAUCAGACGCCUGGCAAUCUGUCACCCUGAGGUCCUUGCAGAGAGACUGCAUGAUGUUUCCUUGGCAGUAAUGAGGGAGGUUACCAAUCUCCGCUCCAAGGUGUCCCGCCUGGCCAUCAGCACAUUGGGAGACCUCUUUUGUACCAUGAAGAAGAACAUGGACCCAGAAGCUGAAGAAGUCGCCCGAUGUUUGCUCCAGAAGAUGGGGGAUACCAGCGAAUUUAUCCAAACAGCUGCUGAUCGGUCCCUGGGAGCCAUGGUAGAAAAUGUGACUCCUUCCAGAUCCCUGGCAGCUCUCACAACAGGGGGUGUACACCACAGGAACCCACUAGUCCGAAAAUGCACCGCUGAGCACCUAUGCAAUGUCUUAGAGCAGAUUGGGGCUGAGAAACUACUGUCAGGGACAAGGGACAGUACUGACACGCUGAUUCAAAUCCUGGUAAAGCUUGCCCAGGACUCCAAUAAAGAAACAAGGCUUUAUGGUCGGAAAAUGAUAAACAGCUUGAUGUCAAACUCGAAGUUUGAUGCAUUCCUGAAACAGUCCCUCCCGUCUCAUGACUUAUGUAGUGUGAUGGCAACCAUCAAACAGAAGGGAGUGGAAGAAAACGUAGAGCCUCCACCUAUCAGGGGCCACAAGAUAAUGAAGACCAUAACAAUCUCUGAGGACACCCGGCCUAGUGAACAGGGGUGCAGCUCAGAGAAUGAGCCGACAGCGGUCCAGAGAGCCGCCACUCGUCACGCAGAAAUGGCGGAGCAGCUGAAGGAGCUGAACUCACUGCUGCAGUCCAAGGAGCACCGGGCCCGAAUGGAAGGCAUCACACUCCUCCUCGCGCACUGCAAGAACAGCCAACAUUUCAUCACCACCAACCUAACGCAGAUCUUUGAUGCGUUCAUUCCAAGGCUCCAGGAUCCCAACAAGAAAGUGAACCAGUGUGCCUUAGAGGUCUUCACAGAAAUGAUCCCUCACCUCAAAGAUAACUUACACCCAGUGCUGGUUUCCGUGGUCACUGCGGUCUCAGAUAACCUCAACUCAAAGAGUUCUCCCAUUUAUGGAGCUGCCGUGAUGGCUCUGGAUGCCAUGAUUGAGAACAUAGACAACUUUUCCCUGCUACAAGCAUUUGCGGGUCGGCUUUGUUUCCUGAGUGGCCGAGCAAUGUGUGACAUCACACAGCGUCUAUCAGUGCUUGUGACUUCAGUCUACUCUCUGAAGCCUCAGGGUGUGGAAAGACAUGUCCUCCCUGUUCUCUGGUACUUCCUGAACAACAUGAUUGGGAACGGGGUCCUGCCAGGACAUAGUGGCAACAUCCGCAGUGUGGUGUGUCAGCUGACCAAGAGCCUCUAUGAGCAAAUGGGGACUCGACUGCAGGACUGUGCUGCUGGACAGCCAAAGCAAGUCAGCAAGAUGCUUCAGGAAAUCUUGGACUCAGACUUUCAGUGAGGCGGAGUAGGGACAGGGGCUGGGGGCCGGGGGAGGAACAAAAGGGGUGCCGCCCCCCACUUUGAGACCAUUGGCAGCUCAAGAACUUUCAGCUGGAUAAAACAUGGAUCUGAAAUGGGCAAUUAUUUUUUUUAACUCUUAUUUUUUUUCAGAUAGAGGAAUCUAUUGGUAGAAUAGAUCUAUAGCGUUUCAGAUGUAUAUAGUUUAU